AGCAUUCGGACUUCUUUGGGGUUUCGACCAUUUCAUUCUCUUCUUGUUGUCUGUUGUUGUCUGUCUUCUAUUCGAUCUCUGCCCACACUCCAGCUAGCUAGCUACAGUAGUGAUAGUAUAGAACGUGACGUGAAGUAUCACUACAGUAUAUAUACAGUAUGCCCAGCCGCAAGGGCAAAGGACGUCAAUCGUUGGGAUUUGGAAGUAAAUUGCAACGGGCGCAAUUCCAUCAGGAUUGGCAGAGUCGAUUGCAGGAAGAUUACUAUGCGCAACGGGCGCAGCGGCACAAGCAGACGACGCGGCAACGUGUGAAGGAUGAAAAGAGUCAUAUUCAAUUGUCAAGUAGUAGUGGUGAAGGAAGGAGACGAGCCUGUCAAUCGUCACUAUUGCGUCGCUUGAUUGCGGAACGUCAAUACUGGGAUCGACUGGAAGAUCGCAGUUGGAUCUACUUGCAUCAUGGACAGCAACAGCAGCAGCGAUUGGCCAGUACUAGUACUGGUAGUGCAGGUAGUACAAGUAGUACUACAAGUGGCAGCCAACGAAGGCUGAAUGAUCGACUGCAAGACCAGAGUCCGCCUGGAUGGUUGAUCUUUCACACGACGCAAUCCGAUGAAGCCGAUCCAUUUGCCCAAGAAUUUCUUAUUGGUACCUCAUCUUCUGUUCCGUCACUGCAGUCGCUGGCAUUGGCGCAAUUGGCGCAAUCGCUGCCCGACUAUGUCCAAGAACUGGGCGUCCCUCAAAUGACAGACUAUUUGAGUAUUCUCCCGGGACCAGCUCUUACGGUAUUGUCUGUAACAGUCUCGCAACUGGGACUGUAUACCAACCAGAUUUGUCAAGUCAUUGGACGACAAUCCCAACUUACACGAUUUUCAUUGGUGGCGUGUCCCCAAUGCGAAGAAACCGAUCCGUCGUGGAAAGAAUUACAACCCAAUCAAGCCAUUCAAGCAUUGCUAUUGCAGCCUGGCUCCAGUGAUAACAAUACUCCACUGGUACCAAUACUGCAAUCCCCUACAAUGGUGCCCGAAUCCUGGGAAGAAUUGGACGACAGUGAUGACGACCAAGACCAAGACCAAAUUUAUAGUAGUUCCAUCCCACCACGUUCUUCCCCCAUUUCCAUCUUGCAGUCCCAUCGUACUUCCACAUCGAGACAACAACAACUGGAACGACUCGAAUUGGCCAAUCUACCACAUUUGCAAGUACAUGUCUUGCAACAAUUACUCCAAGCUAAUGCUUCUACAUUGACGCAUUUGGGAUUGUGUGGAUCGUUAUCGAGUCAGACAGGACCCGAUGUGUUGUGGCAAUUGGCACAAUUGGCUCCAAAUUUGCGCGUAUUGGAUGUUUCCGGCAAUGCCAGUUGGGUUACGGAACCUGUCGUGCGCAGUGUCUAUGAUUCCUAUCGGGCUCUCUGGGAGAGUAGGGAUACACUGCAACAACAAUCACAGCAACAACAAUUACUCAUUAUCAAGGCAACGGGAUGUUUGUCGCGAUCUGGUCAAAUACUCAUGGAAAUGGAAUUUGGAACACUGUUUUGACACAAUCGACAAACAGAUCGACUCGACUACACUCUUUUUCCAAACCAAAAAAGUAAACGUGACAAUGGCAAUAAAUGACGACGACGUUCGUUUUGGCUUUCUCGACUCACUCGUUUCAAGGACAGUUAGUCUCGCCCUUGUUCCACCGUGACAUCUAUUUACCGUACGUAUCUACCGUACAAUAAAGGGCAGCAAUCAAGAAACUUGUUUGGCGGCCGAUUGCGCACAUCCGUACCACGGUUCCAGUUUUUCUUGGCCCGCAUUUAUUUAUUUGGUGCCGUUCCGUCUACAUCAUCCCUUCAUUUGACUACGUUCUGCGUGGAAAACGCUAAUUAUUCUACCGUAGCUAGACUGUGCCAUGCCUGCAUGGCCGGAGCUGGCUGAGUUGGCCGCAACUAUGGAUUAUUUUCUGAGAGGCAGUCACACCGCGGGAGGUGCAACCAGAGAGGUGGGGGUUGCUGCCACCUCUGAGGACUGUUUUAGAUACGCACUGCUACCAGGUAUAGCAUACGAUGUAGCUACUACUAGAGUGCCGUAUCAAAGCUAAAGCCCAGGCCUCGAAAAGCUAAAACCGCAAACCACAUGGGGUGACUUUCAAAAAAAUAUGAUUGCCUUUUAGUCACUCUACAGGCUUUAAU